CACUUCAUCUCCUCGGUGAACACGGUUCACUUCCAUCACAGAAAAAUGUCUUGCUCCAGCCUGUACUAUCCAGAGUGCGGGGUGACCCGGCCCAGUCCAGUUUCUGGCAGCUUCAAUGAGCCAUGUGUUAGGCAGUGCCCUGACUCUGAAGUGCUCAUUAGACCAUCACCAGUUGCUGUAACCAUCCCAGGACCAAUUCUCAGCAAUUUCCCACAGCACAGUGAAGUGGGAGCCGUAGGAGCACCUGUUGUCGGAGCUGGCUACGGGGGCUCAUUCGGUUUGGGGGGACUGUAUGGCUCUGGAGGCCAUUACGGAGGAUUGUAUGAUUUAGGGGGAUUGGGUGGUUACGGGGGACUGGGCGGGUACGGGGGAGGUUAUGGUUAUGGGGGAUUAGCUGGUUAUGGGGGAUUAUGCCAUUAUGGGGGAUAUGGCCGGAGGUAUCGCGGUGGAUACUGUGGGCCAUGUUAAUCCCAACAGGAAUAUCCAUGAAAUAAAGGAGAAUAGGCCCUACAUGUUCUAUCCUUUCCACCAAUAUGUAUUGUCAGCAUCUCACUUUGAAUCACGCUACGUCAGAUAUGUACUGGAGACGCUGCCUAGUCCUCUGCCUCUAUUAUGUUGUAUUUUAUUUCCCACCAACUGGGGUAAAACAAGGAACUUAAAAAGGUUCUGCUCUGUAUUAUUUCUUCCUAUAACUGUGUACUGCAAAUUACAUUCGUAUUAAAAACUAUGCCGCAUCAUAA